UCACCAUUCACUCAUGUUUGGACACGUUGGAGGGGCUGCCGUGUGGUCAUGCCACUAUUGCCGCAUGAGUCUUUGUGGAAAGAACCCUGACCUUUGAAAGGCGCUACUGUCGAAGUACAAGUUCGCAUCUUCCUGCAGAAAGCAAGCAUAAUCUCUCUCUUCUCCAGGCAUCACAGAUUCCACUGGGGAUAUGCCACAUUGGCCUGUGGUUCAGAAGCCUUGCAACAAAUUGCCCAACUACCGAUUUUCUGUGCUCGGGAAUUGCGAAUGCUCACUAUUCGAAGCCCAAGCAAUCAAAAUUUUGCACAGAUUUCCUUUCUUGCGGUCGAGUAAGAAAAGGACAUUCCAAGCAUGUCGUCACCUCACUGUCCCUACCGAGGAGCUGUGCUGACCUACUGGCAAUGGUGGUAAUACAGGAUCACCGGACAAGAAUGUCAUCAUCAGUGGUUGAUCAAUCUUCGCGCAUGAAUGGUGCUGCAACUCAAAAUGGAAAUGCAGCGAAUGGUAAUGGGUCUAGUUCCAUACAUCCUGAACAACAUCCCCUGGAUGUAACCGAUUUUGGAAUUUUUGACGAUGAGAUUCAAAACGAAAUGGUGAACCUUAAAAGGGGGUGGUCAGGCAUUGACCAGACCUUCGACCGGUUACACAAGAUCUUCGACAAGCAUGGAAGGAUCGUAUCCACGGUUAAAGAACGUUAUGGAGAUGACAAUGAUUUGGUGCAAAAGAUCAAGGUUCUUGAGGAACAGAAGAGGGGAUUCGCCGAUGUUCUCAUGGGUAGAAUCCACGACCAUGGAGUGGAGGUUGACGAGCUGAAAAGCCAGCACAAUACUGAAAUUGGAGCCCUCAAGAAGAAACAUGACAAAGAGAUCUCCAAAUGGAAGGAAGAGGCAGCAGCAGGUGACCAGAAGAAGAAGUAUUAUGAAGAGCUUGAGAAAAAAUCGAGGGCCGACCUUGCCCAAGAAAGGUCGAAGAUGGAAAUGGAGUUCAGAGAAAAGGAGAAGAAAAUGAAGGAAGAAAUCAUAGGACUCAAGAAAUCCAACGAGGUAUUCGAAGGCCAACUCAAGUCGGCUACUUACAAUCUUGCUCGAGCAAGAGAAGAGUGCCAAUACCUCAAUGAGCAGAAUAAUGAUCUACGAGCUCCGUACCUCACGGUGCCAGAACCGGUUCAACACUAUGCGGAGCAAUACGAGUCCCUUUUUGCGAAAAUCGAAGAGAUCGCAAGGACCUAUUUCGAAAACCUCCCUGAAGAAGCUCUGAAUCAACCUGCCUUUACAUCCAUGAACUUGAUCAAACUACACAAUCUCUUGGUCUUUAAAGGUAUACCGAUCACGCCAGAUCUCUGUUCAAAACAUCUCCGCCUUGCAGCGGUUCAAAAUGUCAUCUACGAGGCCAUCAACAACACCCUAUGGAAGCCAUGGUUCUGUGGCUAUCUGCGUCAGAACAAUGAAGACCAAGAGCUUGUGCCAAAGAUGUUUGAGUGUCUGAAAGAUCGCGGAGAGAACGAAAGGCAAAACUGGAAGAUUUCCACCUUGAGGAUCCUGGAGCGCCUCGACGAUACUGUGGACAUGGUGGAAAUCGUUACGAUUCCGGUCAAAGAGAUCGUCAGACGUUUGAAGCCCUUGUUGAAUGAGAAUCAAAGCGAAAGCCUCCGAACAGAUUUGAUCGACACGUUCAUCAAAGCCAUUGAACUCGGCAAAAAGUCACAACGUGAAAAAGACCCGAUACUUAUCAGCAUGGAACCCACUGAGGCAGACAGCGAGGGAUGGCAAGAAUACUUGAAAGACUACGAAAGGUCUUCGUUCGUCGAUUCGUCUUUCGGAUCCCCUGUCGAGCCCUUCCAUCAACGACUACUUGUGAGCCCACUGGUGUAUCGCGAGGCCAAUAAACCUAUUGGGUCGAUGACAAGACAGAAGAUGUCGAAUGAUAAGAGAGAUAGCAGGACAGGUGAUGUGCAAGUCAUUUGCGCUGGCAUGGCUCUUUUCUCGGACACUGGCAUCCUACGGGACGGCGCGGCUCAAUCGAAAGAAAUCAAUAACGCUGCGAGAGAAAAAGUUUCUACAUUCGGCACUGGUGGGAACAGGAACGGCGGGUCUUCGGCAGCUUCAUCACCCACGAUGAGAAGACGUGUUGGAAGUAUACCCGCCAGUGUGACUGCGUCGGCAGCACCCUCGACGUUGUGGGGAGCCGGAUUGGGGAUAGCGACAGAAUCAACGUAUGGUUAG